GACGAGAGAGGGCGGCGGUGGGAGGAGGAGGUACCUGGGGCUGGGAGUGAUGUCAGCUCCCAGCUCGGUGCCUGCCCGGAUUCCUGACAUGGUGUAGGGCAGACAGGGUGGGGACUGGCCGGGGAAGGAGUCGUGCGCGGCUUGCCUGCGGCUGGGCCCUGUGGCGGGGCUUUGAACUGGGAGCGACGGUGAACGGAACUUUUGGAAGUAGUGCCGGCGGCUCGCCACCCCCAGUACAGAACUUGUAUGGAUCAGUUUGCUAAGGACGUGCGAGAUUUGAAGAGCUGAAAAAAGUCAGUAUUAAACCUGUUUUUUAAAAAUAUCUUCAUCCAAAUUUGCCAUUGAAAAAUAAGAAAAUGAUGAGUGAUGCAAGUGACAUGUUGGCUGCGGCACUAGAGCAGAUGGAUGGUAUUAUAGCAGGUUCUAAGGCCCUGGAAUAUUCCAAUGGGAUCUUCGAUUGCCAGUCUCCCACCUCUCCAUUCAUGGGAAGUUUGCGAGCUCUACACCUUGUAGAAGAUCUUCGUGGAUUGUUAGAGAUGAUGGAAACAGAUGAGAAGGAGGGCUUGAGAUGCCAGAUUCCCGAUUCUACAGCAGAAACACUUAUUGAGUGGCUUCAGAGUCAAAUGACAAACGGACACUUACCUGGGAAUGGAGAUGUAUAUCAAGAAAGGCUAGCUCGCUUAGAAAACGAUAAAGAAUCCCUUGUUCUUCAGGUCAGUGUGUUAACAGACCAGGUGGAGGCUCAGGGAGAGAAAAUUCGAGAUUUGGAGUUUUGUCUUGAAGAGCACAGAGAGAAACUGAAUGCCACAGAAGAAAUGCUGCAGCAGGAGCUUCUGAGUAGGACAUCCUUAGAAACUCAGAAGUUGGAUCUGAUGGCUGAAAUAUCCAACUUGAAGUUAAAACUGUCAGCUGUAGAGAAGGACAGACUGGAUUAUGAAGACAGAUUUCGAGACACAGAGGGACUAAUCCAGGAGAUCAAUGAUUUAAGGUUAAAAGUCAGUGAAAUGGAUAGUGAAAGACUUCAAUAUGAAAAAAAGCUUAAGUCAACCAAAUCUUUAAUGGCCAAACUUUCUAGCAUGAAAAUCAAGGUGGGUCAGAUGCAGUAUGAAAAGCAGCGGAUGGAACAAAAAUGGGAGUCACUGAAGGAUGAACUGGCAUCUUUAAAAGAACAACUGGAAGAGAAGGAAUCUGAAGUAAAAAGGCUGCAAGAAAAGUUGGUUUGCAAGAUGAAAGGAGAAGGGGUUGAGAUUCUUGAUAGAGAUGAAACUUUUAAAAAGAAGCUCAAAGAAAAAAAUAUUGAAGUACAAAAGAUGAAAAAGGCUAUGGAAUCUUUAAUGGCAGCAAAUGAUGAAAAGGAUCGAAAAAUAGAAGAUCUCCGACAGUGCCUAAACAGGUAUAAGAAAAUGCAAGACACAGUGGUACUGGCCCAAGGUAAAAAAGGCAAAGAUGGUGAAUAUGAAGAUCUGCUCAAUUCCAGUUCCAUCUCUACUUUGUUGGAUGCACAGGGCUUUAGUGACAUAGAGAAAAGUCCAUCAUCUUCCCCAGUAAUGGGAUCUCCCAGUCGUGACCCAUUCAACACAAGUAUUCCAGAAGAGUUCCACACCAGCAUCUUGCAAGUUUCAGUCCCUUCAUUAUCGGCAGCAACUAUAGGAAUGGAAACUCCUGAAAAAACCAAGUUGCCUCUUAAACCAGAGACUUCAUUUGAAGAGAAGUAUGUCAUUUGUAGCCUACCAUUGCAAUAUAAGUGUUCGCAAAAGUAGAUUUAAAAAAAAAAA